CUGGCGGCAGUUGGGGUCUGGAUCUCCCCCCUUUAUUUCCCAUGCUAAAAGUUUUUCUCCCUGCAGCCUGUUUGCUGGAGCGCACAGAUUCUCUCCUCCUCCUAAGCAGGAGGUGGGCAGGUCUAACUACAUUAAAUAUACAAACAUACUGUGCUCCCUCUCUGCUCCACCAAGGGCUGGCGUGGGAAUCAGUGGCCCAUCAGCAGCAAAAUCUGAGCAAAGGCUGCCCAAAGGGCUGGGGGAAGGGUGAAAACAGCAGCAGCAGCAGCAGCAAAUAAACAGAGCAGCCAAACCGCCCCGUAGGAAGGGGAGAGGAGCAAGCGGGAGAGCUCAGGGAGGCUGUGCAUUUCAUGUCUCUUUACAGGAGCUUUCUGCAGCCCUUACGGAUCUCUUGCAAGUGUAUGUGCAUUGGUGUCCCAGGGAAGAGCAUCCUUCUAGGAGGAAGAGCUGGAAAUCAGUCAGAAGAGAAAAGAAAAAACAAACAACCCCCCAGCUAUUAUCCAUUCCCAGAGGCAGGUGAAAGGGAGAGAGAGAAAGGAGUUUAGGGGAAUGAAGCUGGAGGAUCCAGAGACUCGGAGGGGAAAAGUUGCCCUGAUGGGAGACUCUGUGUACUAGAGCCUGAGCUCUGCUCCACAAUGGGAUUUCUCGUGUCUAAAGGAAACCUCCUCCUCCUGCUGUGUGCCAGCGUCUUCCCUGCCUUUGGUCAUGUGGAAACCCGAGCUCAUGCAGAGGAGCGUCUCCUGAAGAAACUCUUCUCUGGUUAUAACAAGUGGUCCCGCCCUGUCGCCAACAUUUCCGAUGUGGUCCUCGUCCGCUUCGGCUUGUCCAUUGCCCAGCUCAUCGACGUUGACGAGAAAAAUCAAAUGAUGACCACAAACGUGUGGGUGAAGCAGGUGGGUGCACCAAAAUAUGUGCUUUUCCAUGUUUCUUUUCAGUUUUUCCAUCUGAACUCUUCCAGCUUUGUAACCGCCUCAUUUUUUUGGCAGGAGUGGCAUGACUACAAGCUACGCUGGGACCCCCAAGAAUACGAAAAUGUCACAUCCAUCCGAAUCCCCUCUGAGCUCAUAUGGAGGCCAGAUAUUGUCCUCUACAACAAUGCUGACGGUGACUUUGCAGUCACCCACCUGACCAAGGCCCACCUCUUCUAUGAUGGGAGAAUUAAAUGGAUGCCACCUGCUAUCUAUAAAAGCUCCUGCAGCAUCGAUGUUACCUUCUUCCCCUUUGACCAGCAAAACUGCAAAAUGAAGUUUGGCUCCUGGACUUAUGACAAAGCCAAGAUAGACUUGGUGAGCAUGCACAGUCAUGUGGACCAGCUGGACUACUGGGAGAGUGGGGAAUGGGUCAUCAUCAAUGCUGUGGGCAAUUACAACAGCAAGAAAUACGAAUGCUGCACAGAGAUCUACCCUGAUAUAACUUACUCCUUCAUUAUCCGGAGGCUGCCCCUAUUCUACACAAUCAAUCUGAUCAUCCCCUGCCUGCUGAUCUCCUGCCUGACUGUCCUGGUCUUCUACUUGCCCUCCGAGUGUGGAGAGAAAAUAACCUUGUGCAUCUCCGUGCUGCUGUCCCUCACUGUGUUCCUGCUGCUCAUCACAGAGAUCAUCCCGUCUACCUCCUUGGUCAUCCCUCUGAUUGGAGAGUAUCUUCUCUUCACCAUGAUAUUUGUUACCUUGUCUAUCAUCAUCACUGUCUUUGUGCUCAAUGUGCACCAUCGUUCCCCACGUACCCACACAAUGCCUGACUGGGUGAGGAGGAUCUUCCUUGACAUAGUCCCACGCCUCCUCUUCAUGAAACGUCCCUCCACAGUGAAAGACAAUUGCAAGAAGCUCAUUGAAUCUAUGCACAAAAUGACCAAUACACCAAGGCUUUGGUCCGAGAUUGAUGUGGAACCCAACUUUACUACCUCAUCCUCCCCCAGCCCCCAGAGUAAUGAGCCAUCACCCACAUCUUCCUUCUGUGCCCACCUCGAGGAGCCAGCCAAGCCUCAGCCUAUCUGCAAGUCCCCUUCUGGGCAGUACUCUGUGCUGCACCCAGAGCCUGUACAGGUGACCUGCUCCUCACCACAACCCUCAUGCCACCCCCUGAGUGAGACCCAGACCACCUCCAUCUCGAAAGGCAGAUCACUAAGUGUUCAGCAGAUGUACAGCCCCAGUAAGGCAGAGGAAGGGAGUAUCCGCUGCAGGUCCCGGAGCAUCCAGUAUUGCUACCUGCAAGAGGACUCUUCCCAGACCAAUGGCCAAUCCACUGGCUCCCCAGCAUCCCAGCGGUGCCACCUAAAUGAAGAGCAGCCCCAGCAGAAGCCCCCUCAGUGCAAGUGUAAAUGCAAAAAGAGAGAGGCAGCAGGCGCACCAGCUCAAGGAAGCAAGACUCACAGCGACAAAGAGCAACAUCUUGUGUUGAUGUCCCCAGCCCUGAAGCUGGCAGUGGAAGGGGUUCACUACAUCGCAGACCACCUGCGAGCAGAAGACGCGGAUUUCUCAAUGGAUGCUCUAAGGGCUGUACAAUCAUAAAUCAACAAGAUUUCCCCCCAGAAGAUAACAAGCUUCAGGAUGAACCUCAGCUGUUUACCUCUGCCUAUUGAAUAGUAAAGACCUGCUUAACUUGGUGUUGUUUUUAAAGGGAAUAAAAUUAUCCAUUGCACGAAAAUAUUUAGCUGAUUCUUACACUUUUGAAAAUGUUCAGGUUUUCCUGAAAUUUAAGAUGCUUUGUUGUGAGAAAAAAUUAUGGGGAAAUACGAUAUGCUCUCCAAUGCAUGCCUCAUUUCCCAAUUUGCAAAGCUGCCUAUGAAGCCAAGGAGCCAGAGCAAUACCAGACGAUUUAAAGGCUUAACCAAGCAGCCCACAUGGCAAAUAACGAGAGGCGUAGUUAAAGAGCUCACUUUGCUGGCAUUGCUUCAGCUGAAUGUUGUCUGCGUUGAGGCAAAGAGUGAUGACAGGUCCUUUGCAAAUACAUUGAAAGAUUCAUGACCAGUUUGUCAAGGUUUCAGCAUGCCAAAAUGGUGGGGGUUUUUAACAUAACAUAACGACAUACCCUACUUGUAUGGAAUUAUUCUCUUAGCGGAAUAAAAUGCCACGGCAUUGGUCACAGAAGCCAGGAUUGUAUAUUUCCUCCCUCUGACACAUCAUGAUUUCUCUGUACACCCACAAGUUAUAAGAUAAAAUUCAGUGGUGCAUCUGUGACUGAUGAAGGAAAAGAAGACUUAAGGUGAGUUUCCAGAGUCACUGUGUUGUGCUCAAAGCUUGUUUGUUUGGUGCUCAACAGAUCAUAAUAUUUGAGGACCUGAAGUUGCCACUGUACCUGUGAAAACGUCAUCUGUUGCAAAUGACUAUUUCAUCAAUAUUUGGAUUGCUUCCCUUACAAAAAUUAAUUUUCAGCAUAAUCAGGAAAUCCUUAAAAAAAGAAAAAUCAAGCCAGGGCUCAUACAAAUCAUGUUUUAGCUACUGUUCUGGGCUACUCUCCUAUUAUUAUUAUCUGUUUAAAACAAACAUAGGAUCCAUGGAUGAAAAGGCCUGUGCCAUUAGUGUUACAUUAUUACUGUCCUGUGCUUUUCACUCAUGCUACGGCCCGAGGUACAUGGCAGCUUUGGGCACGGUGAAGCCACUCUUUGCUCAGGGUCACAGACCGGUAGGUGCAGUAAAGCAGCCCCAGCAAAGCUCAGCCUUGGCUUUGCUGCUUCAUAGUCCUUACACCACACUCCUGGCUUGCUGCAAUCACAGCCACUGCAAUCACAGUUAAGAGCUAGCUCCCGCUGACAUGUUUUCCCUAAGGAGUGAGGCAGCGUGCCAAAUUUCAGCCCUCGGGCCUAUUAAUCACCAAGUGGUAUAUUGUAGGAAAUUAUAAUGGGUACAGCCAUAUCAAAUAAAACUUUGCCAUCUGAUCAGUCCUCUUCCUGGGAAAGAAAUUAAUAACAGCAAUGUAACAAAAGAGGCUUUCAUAUGUAUGUGGUUUCUUACUUAAUGAAAUAGCCAUUUACAAUUCUUGCCUGAUGGUAUUAACAAGUAUUAGACCUCCCCAGAGAGGGAUUGCUGUAAAAUCCUCCCACAGCAAGACAAAAGUGGGGAAAAAGCUGGGUGAGGAAGACCACUUCUUUUAUUUGCUAGAUCAUUUUCACUGCUUAUUCAUCCAAAGCUGUAAAUCCCUUUGCAGAAAGAGUUUGCUGUUGUUAAUCUGUAAGCAAGUCUGUUUAGGAGCAUGGGGAAAUGAAUAAUUUCAUUCCCCCCAUUUCUCCCCAGUUUGAAUUGCAACCUCAUUUACACACCCAAUUACAGCUGUUGCUCAUGGAAAAUGGGAUAGUGAGUGUGCAGACAAUCUUAAUUAUCCAUGGGCGUAUGUCAUCCCUGGGGAGCUGUGAACAGGGUUUGCAAUUGCACAUGCACACCCACACAGUCUGGAAAUCUGUAUCCCACAUCAGCAACAGAUAGAAUAAAUCUUUGUCAUCAUAUAGGACCACUAAAUCAAAGCAAGGCCUUCCCUAUCUCUGGACUUAAAUUAAAAUAUCCUACUUUGGAAUAAAGACAAUAGUCUUUAUAAAUUUUAAUCUCAAAUCAAUGUUAAUAAUUGGCCGUUCAUCUCU